ACAAGUAUACAGCUAAACACACAGUCAAGAUGAACUCAACUUGUAAUACCCUUCAUCAAGGUCUUGGUUGAUUUUAUAUAUUUUUAAAACAACGACACAACAUCGGAAUAAAACUAACCGGUUAUAUUAAUUUUUUAUUUUUACUGUUUGAGUUUGUUGAUCAUUAUCAAACUGGUCAUUUCAUCUAUUUUAAAAAGAUGAUUUUUUGAGACGAUAUAAGACGCUGCAUCGUAUUCCAAGACUUCAUUCGUGUAUAAAACUUUGACAAGUCUUGUAUAUUUAUUUAAGUUUUAACAUUUAAAAUGCAGAAAUUAACAAUUGUUUUAUUGUCAAUUGUGGUGGUUGCAUCAGCUGGACCAUGUGAAAAUGGUAAAGACAGCCAUUGCAUGUCACAAGAUAGUCCAUUUAAUCAAGACACUGAUUGGGAAAAAGCAACAGAUAUUUAUCAAUUUCAUGCAAAAGAUAUAAUGGGAAAUGAUGUGUCACUUGAUAAAUAUCGUGAUAAUGUAUUAAUUGUUGUUAAUGUUGCUAGUGAAUGUGGCUUGACUGAUACAAAUUAUAAACAACUAGUUGAAUUAUUUGAUAAAUAUGAAAAAGAUGGUUUAAGAAUAUUAGCAUUUCCAUGUAAUCAAUUUAAUGGACAAGAACCUGGUACACCACAACAAAUUAUGGACUUUGUUAAAGGUUAUAAGGUUAGAUUUGAUAUGUUUGAAAAAAUUGAUGUUAAUGGUGAUAAUGCACAUCCACUUUAUAAAUGGCUCAAGAGCAAACAAGGUGGUACUCUUUUUGAUCUUAUCAAAUGGAAUUUUACUAAAUUUAUUAUCAACAAAAAAGGACAAGCUUUUGAACGUGUUGGACCAUUUUUUGAACCAAAAAGUAUGGAAACUACUAUUCAACUUGCUCUUCAAGGGAAAAUGGACUAACUAAAAUAACAAAUACAUUUUUUUUUUUUUUUUCAAAGC